UCAGUGUGACAGCAGGAAGAGAGGAUCAUGCUGCGUACAAACUUUCUUUCCCACCAACUCCACUUCUAUCAUCACCAUCCUGUCAAUCCAACCAAAGCCAGCUGAGGAAUGAUGUCAGCAAACAACAGCACGGGGUCAACACAGGUGUCGGACUACCACUGCGUGCGUUUUUACGUGUCCACCUUGUCCUUCUCGGUGCUGCUCUUCUUCAACCUCAUCAUCAACUGGACCAUAGUUCGCGUGGAGGAGCUGCGGAGACAUGCCCGCUUCGUGCUGGUGUUCCACCUGCUGGUGUCCGCCCUGGUCUACCUGGGGAUGAGCAGUGUCUUCUACUACCAGAUCCACCUGGACGCACGGCCGGUCCGCUCCGCCUGCCUCGCCAUGAUCACUGUUUUGAUCAGCAGUGCCUCCAACAUCCUCCUGACGCUCACGGCGAUGGCUUUCGACCGCUACUGCGCAGUGUGCCACCCGAUGCGCUACAGCUCCACCUGCACCACGGGGCGCUUGCCCUGGCUGCUGGGUGCGUUCACCUGGCUCGUGGCUUUGACCAUUCCCCUCACUCUGCUCGUCCACCCGGACUCCCAGGCCACUGGGGCCGGCUAUAACGGGGUGUGUGACCGGGAGCAGCUGAAAAAAGGCCAGCUGCAGAAGGUGCUGUUCAUAGGUGUGUGCACGCUGCUCAUACUGUACAGCUACGUGAGGAUACUGUUGGAGGGGCGGCGGUUGGGGGUGCUGAAUCGGCGCAACAGAGCCGGGUGCAGGACGAUCGCCCUGCACGGCAGCCAGCUGGCGGUUUGCAUUCUCCCCAACUUUGUGAACUUCGUGCUGACGGUGUUGAUCAAACAUAAUAUCAUUCAGCAAGAGACUAAAGAGCUGGCGGCCGUGGUCACCUUCGCUUUCUUCAGUUUAGCGCAGUGCGUCGCGCCGGUUGUUUACGGUUUGCGUAAAGAGGAACUUAUGGAGCAGUUGAGUCACAGGUUCCCCUGCUGUUCCCAAUACAUGAAGAGUGUCCUCGGCUGGACGGUGCGCGCCAACUGGCCACACACCCAACACAUAACACGGGAGCGAACCCUGACAACACAGACGAUCAUCUCCCUGCAGACCCCGCAAGUCCCAGAGGAGGAGGAAACCGAGCCAAUGUCAGUUAGAAGUUCCUCACUUGACUUAGACUCAUGUCAGUGCGACACGGAUCAUACCUGAUGGGGGAAAUACACGGGUCUAUUGCAGGAUCCUGACCGCCACAGGAACAUCCAGAUACACAUUCAGUGGCUCAGCUCUGGUCUGUAAGGAACUAAAGAAGCCGCCUUGGACAUAAUGAAGGUUUUUGCUCACCAGAGAACUUUAACAUCUGUUUGUGCAGCAGUCACAAUCAUCACAAGGCAUCAGCACGUUGCACUACAACUUCUUUUUAACCUUUCGUCAGCGGAGUACACGUCGGAGCUGUACAGUUCUCUUAUUGUACAUUGUUCUGGCUUGAGAUUUAAACCUUAAAUCUUCAGGUCCCUUACCUCAAGGCCACAAACCAGUUGGGAUUAAACGGACUGGGAUGGAGGAUAUAGGAUAUUUAAAACAUAUGAAUGUUGUUUCCAUGUGGACAUUUAAAAAAUUGAAGAUCACACACGCUUUGCUUUCUUGCUGAGAAUUAGAUGAGAAGAUCAGGACCCUCUACUCUGUGGAGACGGAAUACCCAAAGUGUCGUUUCAAAUAUCAAUACGAGCAAUAAAAGGACUGAUACAAAACAUAAGUUCCGAGAAUUCCCACAUUUUUUAUUCACCAUUAAACGCAACAGUAUUCUGACUUUAGCUGAGUGAGACAGUUAUCCAUCUCCUCAGGCGUUCAAGUGAAUAAACAUACAUCUCUCUUAAAACAAAGAAGACUUUUGCUUUAAUCUUUCUUUCAGUGCUAUCCCCCUUUUCAAAAUGUACUGCGACUGAAAAAAAAGCACAUGUUUAUAAUCCAAGUGUUUGAAUAAGACUUCUGCAUGGUUUGCUGCUGAGCUCAUCAGUUCGUUUUUAGUCAGAGACACACAUGCUGGGGAAGUUUUCAAUGUGUCAACCACAGGGCUGGUGCAGCCCUUCAUAUUCUUUCAGUCUUACACCUACAGCAACAAAAAAAACACUCGUCAAGUCAAGUGAGUCGAGCAGGAGGAGGGUUCUGGAAGAGUGUGUGCUGCAGAAGUGAAAGCAACGUUGCAGGUUAUACUGUAUACAAUAGAAACAGGAAGCGAUUGUAGCGGGAAAUGCUUAGAUGGAAUGUUUUCUAUAGGUGACAAAAGCUACAACAAAAAGCCCCAUUCAUAGAUAUGGUGACAAAGUAUCUCAAGAAGUGGGACUAUACAGAGGCGAGAGUGUUAUAGCAACUGUAGGUAUGUUUAAUAAGAGGGAAAAUCUCAGCACAAAUGAAGAUAUACUUGAUUUAUUAAUCAUAAUAGCUCAAGGCAGAUGUGCACAAACACUGACUACAUCAUAACAAAUGAGACUAUUUUUAAAUAACACAAGCAUUUGAUCAUGUAAUUUAAAUCAGCACAAUGACCACUUACCAUAGAGUACUUAAGUAAUUACUUAUUACUUAAAAGCAGCAUUGAUCGUCACAGUACAAGUUAUAGGGAGGAGAGAAUGUGCAGAGCUAAUUUAAAUUAUUAAUGCUUUGAUACAUCGGAUUAAAAUUAAUUAAUUGUACAAGAAAUGAUUUCCUUAAAGUACCAGCUAUGCAGACUGACUGUUCGUUUUCUACAAUUACUGUUGCCUGCUACCUUCAGCUGAGAGAGAAUACACAUGUGCACGUUGGAAGUUAAUGUGACUGCUAUCGGUAAAGAGUGACGUUGACCUGCAAGUUUUAAUUUGAAUUUUAAAUCAAAUAAAAAUUCUCUUUAAGUCAAGUCACAACAUGAACUUGGCUGAGCACCUGUGGACCGGUUUCUAAGGCAACGGUUUUGCUCCUGACAUUUCUGCGAUGAGCACAGAGUGAG